AUGGUGGUGUUGAUGCAAGCAACACUGGCAGUCAAACGCGUUAAGAAAAGUUCCUGUGACCACCUUUAUCAGGUCUGCCGACGAUUUUUCCUUUCUUUGUCCCCCCCCCGCCAUCGUUGGUGGAUUUGGCUUUUGCUCUUCGUCACAGUGAGCGAGAUGAGGAGCCCUGUUGUACACGGUGUGCACGCAGAGCCCUCGCAGUUUACUAUAGUGACAAUUGCAAUUGUGUGGCAUUGUUCAACGACCGCAAUGCGCACUUGUGCAGAGGCAGAUGGUGCCCAGCGCUGUGGUUUUUCUUACCCCUUGUUUUCGUUCUAUACACUGAUUUACUUCAAUGAAAGUUCUUGUAAAGGGAAAGGCGCAGCCGUCUUGGUGGCGGCGGCCAAAUUACCGCUAACUACAAGAACUGUGGUGAGCUGUAUUUCAAUUACGUGUUCGUGA